CAGUUUGGAAAGGCUUACCUCAAGGCUCAGUCCUUAGUCCCCUUCUCUACAAUCUGUAUACAUAUGACCUCAAUAGCUCUGUAUCCCCCUUCUGCCAAAUACUGCAAUAUGCAGAUGAUAUUGUUCUGUAUACUUCCAACAAGUCCAUACAGGAUUCAUCCAAUCAGUUAAAUUGUGCACUUGAAUAUCUUGCUGAUUAUUUAAUGCAACAUGAGUUGUCACUAUCAACUGCUAAAAGCAAAGUAGUUUUAUUUACAAAUAAAAGACUUUUUCCUCAUAUUAAAAUUAAAAUUUAUAAUGUUGAGUUACCUGUUGUUACCAAUGUUAAAUUUCUAGGGAUUUGCUUAGAUCAAAAAUUAUCAGGCAUAAAGCACUUUGAUUAUGUCUCACAGAAAUGUGAGAAAAACAUUAAUAUCCUGCGCUCUGUAUCUGGUGUCUGGUGGGGAGCUCACCCCUUCACCCAAAAAUUAUUGUACAAUGCAAUCAUUCGCAGACACAUGGAUUACGGCACUAUGUUUUUGAUCCCAGGAAAUAAAGCAGGUCUGAAUAAACUGGACAAAAUUCAGGCUAAAUGCUUGCGCAUAAUAUUAGGAGCCAUGAAAUCUAGCCCGAUUAAUGCCAUGCAAGUAGAGUGUCUGGAACCCCCCCUUUCACUUCGCCGUCAAUUUCUUGCCAAUAAAUUUUUUCUCAAAUUAGCUGAAUGUUGUGGACAUCCCUUGAUUCCAAAAUUAGACCAACUAUUUGCUUUAUACAAUAAUAAUAAUAUUCCUGAAGACAAAAGACCCUGCAUUCUCCACAGUUACUUAUUAUUCUCUCACCUCUCUUACCCCCUCUUCCAAUAUUCUAAAUUGCCUCUAUUUACUAUGCCUUUUAGUGCACUCACUUUCCAACCAUCUGUAAUUUUAAACUUAGGUAUAGAUAAGUUUUCCAUAGAAGCCAAUAAAACUUUUUCUCAGAUAAUGUACUCUGAUUUUCAAAAUUGGCAUAAAAUCUACACUGAUGCUUCAAAAACAGACAUGAGCCCUGUUGGUGCUGCAGCAUGGAUUCCUUCAACAAGAAUUAUACUCAGUUACAGCUGCCCAUCUAUCACUUCUGUUUUCACUGGGGAAUCAAUUGCCAUUCUUGAAGCAAUUUUAUUUGUUAAGGCUCAUGGCAUGAACAACUCUAUUAUUCUUUCAGACUCCAAAAGUUGCCUUCAAUCAAUACUGUCAAAUCCAUUUAGGUCUAAAAGUCAUUUUCCAAUUAUAUUUAAAAUAAGGGAAUCUUUGAAAGAAUGCUAUGACCUCAAUAUUAACAUCGUUUUAGCAUGGAUUCCAGGUCACUCAGGCAUUCUUGGUAACGAAAAUGCAGAUGCCUGUGCGAAGACAGCUAUUGCAACAGGUUCCCUCCAAUACUCAAAAAUUUUCUCCCAUGACUUGCGCACCAUCCUGAAACCCACAUUGCAUGAGAAUUGGUCCAGCAUUUGGCAAGUUUCCAAAAACUCUAAAGGCAAAUUUUAUGGAGAUCUACAACCCGUAAUUCCUCAGCAACCUUGGUUCUCGAAAUUUAAAAUUCUCAACAAGUCAGUAAUUUCAACUAUUUGUCGUCUACGUUUUAAUCAUGCUUGUACCCCAGUAUUUUUGGCUAAAAUAAGAAUUAGGGACAAUUCCUUGUGUGAAUGUGGUCUAGAUGAGGGAAACGUGGAUCAUUUAUUCUUCAAUUGCCCUUUAACACAACCUUCUUUAUACAAUUUUAUACCUCCUGAAAUUCCCCGCCCAACUUCCUUUAAAUGUCUCCUCUCCCUAGUUUUCACUCCUUUUGUAUAUAUUUUGUGUAAAUAUAUUAAAAUAAAUAAGAUUAAGUUGUAAAUAGCACUAAGUAUAAGAAAAUAAAACUUGUUUCAAUCUUAAGCACCGAUCAAUACCAUUAAAAUUAGUAAAAGAAUACUCUAAGCUUGGUGGUCUACCUUAACGUGACAUUGGCAAACUUGUGGUAUACCUUCCACAGGAGCCAUAGUAGGAAGAAUAGAAUAGAAUAGG